UUUUCCAUUCAAAUAAAGUCGUUUUUGUUGUACUUUUGACAGCUGAAGGAAACGUCAAGUGAUGGAUUUUGAUCUGAGUAAAGAAAAUAUACAGCCCCUUCGGGGGGGACGUAAUCCUACACAGCUCGGUAUAGCACUGCAGGCUCAAACCAAUCCUGAACUACAGCUUGAGCUAGAAAAACAAAAAGAAGAAUUUGAGAGCGCUAUACGGAAUUACAACGGAGAGGAUCCCUUAGAUAAUUAUUACCACUACAUUUCCUGGGUAGAACAAAGCUAUCCAAAACAUGGGCACGAAGGAAAUUUAGUUGCACUGUUAGAACAUUGUUUAGCAAAAUUUGAGAAUGAUGUUAGAUACUCUGAUGAUAGGCGGUUUUGUAAACUAUGGAUCAAAUAUAUUGACUUGCAACAAAAUCCACUAGAGCUUUACCAUAUGAUGCAUGCACAAAACUUGUGUCGGGGGUGUGCUGAUCUAUACAGAGCCUGGGCAUACUACCAUGAAGCAGCUCAAGACUUCCAGGGUGCAAACAAUGUGCUGGAGCUGGGAAAAAGGGCUCUGGCUCAGCCAUAUGAGGAACUGGAAGCUGCCUAUCAAAACCUCUUGACAGCUGUUGGACAAUAUAACCUUCACGGACCGGAUGCGGCACGUCGCGGGCUGAUCGAGAAACGACAGGCGCUCACCUCACUCGUAACCUACAGGCCGGGCAGGGUGGGGAGCGUGCGCGUGCCCACCGGCGCCGGGGCGGGCGUCCUGCCGUCCGGCGGCCCGGCGCAAAAGCCGAGGCCGAACGCCGGCGUCCAGGUUUACGAGGAGCAGCGCGACGGAGCUUACGGAGGACCUGAGGCCGCGCCUCAAAGCAUACUGAGCGUCGCCAGGAGGCAGGACGCCCCCAAAGAAAACACCAUGAAGCCGGGCCCGUGGAACACGGCGAGCGCCAGGAAGAAGGUUGCCGUGCACAGAAACACCUUGGGAUUUACAGUACAUGAAGACGGCUCCGACAGCCCGGAACCGGUGGACUUCCACAGGACCGUUCCGCGCGAAUGCCUCGAAGACUAUUCGAACUGGAAGCCGAACAUCCACUUUCCGGAGCCGUUCGAUGCGCGAAUGAUCCCGAUUUACCCGAAGGAUCGCGUCUACAUCGACCCGAACACCGAGUACAGCAUCGACGAGCUGCGCGCGCACCGCUACCGCAAGAAAACCACCAAGAGCACGAGCUUCUCCAACACGUCGCUGAUGGAGCACUCGCUGCUGCAGCAGAAGUUGGAACAGCAAACGCUGCCCAAGAACACGAUGGAGCACUCCCAUCUCUUCCCCAGUUUCGAUAGGUCCACCACUUACAACCCGCUGCUGCUGAAUCAGCCGGAGUGCACGCUGCCCGCCAACGUGACCAACGCGACGCAGCAGAGCGUGCACGCCGCGCUGCUGGAGAGCGUGAGGGUCGAGACGCCCGAUCAGAUGCCGCCCGAUCAGAUGCCGCCCUCGCCCGAGCCGGUCCCGAACGCGAGCAUCUGGCGCACGCAGGUGGACGCGUCGCCGGCGCCGCCCGUCAGCUUCGGCGCCGGGUUCUGGGACUCCGGCGCGGAAGACUCUCCCGUCUGCGUGACCAAGUCCAGGAAGGUCAAGGUGGACAUCUACGAGCAGAGCAUCGAGGAGAUGCCCACGCAUUUUAUACAGCCGAAAGGAAGUGCUAUGAAAACUCCCUUCAAAACUCUCUCGGCUGAUGAGUUGGCAGAAACUGGGUCCCGAGGAGGUAUGGAUAUUGCAGAGACUGCACAUUCUGAUGACAGUGCACACCCUAUGGCAGCUCAAAGUUGCACCCUGAGUAAAGUACCGCCCCGUCCCCCGAUCAACAUUUUCAACGACGACAGCUCUUCGUCGUACGAAGAGAUCAAGUUCAAGCUUCCCGUGCAAGAUCUGAACAACACGUGCACCACGCAGACCUUCAACCUGAACUGCAUGCACGUGAGCACGCCCGACAACAAGCGGCAACACGGCGCGACCUCGGCCGACGAGAACCAGGCCGAAAACACGCGAAAGCAGCUGUUUGCGGCUGAGCCGCCGCUCCAGCUGCACAACGCGCAACCGAAGAGUCUGAGCGUCAUCAUGGAGGAGUCCAACGGGUAUCGUUCUUCAAGCCUCAGCGGAGGCUCUUCAGGUGCUUCGAAACUAAGUAAUCAAACAAAACAAAACGCUAUGGCCACCGUAGAAGAGCACUCACAAAGCAGUAAUUAUGCACAAAAUUCGAUGGUAAAUGCAGCUUUACGUAGGAGCUUACUAGGCAUAAUGGACUUUGACACAUCAAACUACAUGCAGGUCACAGUUCAGGAGCCACCUCCUCCAAUGUUCGAGACAAUGAACAGGACCAUCCCUAAACCGGCAAACGUGAAACCUUUGCAUCACACGCCUCAAAACCCGUUCGAUAGUAACGUGAUUAACGAGUUGCUCGAUAGGGUGCGCUUCCCAGGUCCCCACACAGAGGGCUUCUAUCAGCUCUCUUUCAUACCUUCCAAGUUGUGUUGCAAGAAAGACCCCAUCUAUAUAGGAAAUGACGAGUAUAUUAUUGAAAAACAGUUAGGCAAAGGAACAUAUGGUACUGUUUAUAAGGCGUUUGAUAAUAGAAGACGCCAGAAUGUAGCUUUAAAAUACCAAAAGGUACCCAACAAAUGGGAAUACCAUAUUUGUAGAGAAAUACAAGCAAGAUUAACCAACGAUGAUAUUAGAUCGCACUUUAUGGACGUGUCUUUGGGAUAUUUCAACAAUCAGUAUUCUAUUUUGAUAUCGGAAUACAUGCCGUGGGGAUCCCUAUUGGAUAUGACCAACUUGGUGAAACAAAAAACCGGAAAAUCCUUGAAAGAAUGCCUCUGCUACCACUUCACGAACAAAAUGCUUCGCCUAGUUAAAACCUUGCACGAGAUCCAAAUCAUCCACGCCGACAUUAAACCCGACAACUUCCUGGUGAUGCUGAAAGCCGACGGCACCGUAGACUUGCAGCUGAUAGACUUCGGGUGCAGCAUCGACAUGUCGCUGUUCCCGCCGCACGCCAGCUUCACCCACAGAAUCACCACGGACGCUUUUAUUUGCUGCGAGAUGCGCGACGGCCGGCCUUGGAACUACCACACGGACCUGUUCUGCGUGGCCGCGUCUGCGCACGUCCUGAUCUUCGAGAAGUACAUCUGCUUGCAGAAGAUCGGCAGCGAGUGGUCCGUCAACUGUCGCUGGCAGCGGUACCAUAACAAGGAGCUGUGGAAGAAUUUGUUCGACAAACUGCUUAAUCAAAAUAACGGACCGGCCGACGUGGAACCGCUUCAGAUUUCGCUCGAGGAGGCUAUUGAUGGCAGCAGUAGCUUCCAAGCGGACGUGCGGUAUCUGAUUAAUUUAUUAAAGGACCGAUAGCAUUUUAACAAACUCGUUUUGCGCUCGUCUAGAUUGAGAGCCAAUUAACUGUAUUAGAUGUUAAUUAUAAAAACUUAUAAUUAUUAUUUUAACGUAUUUUUACUUCAUAGGCAAUUUAGAUUAAGUUUUUAUAAAUCUCCUUUUGGCUGUUUUCUUCUUAUUGUUGAUCUUUUACUUGAUAUUGUAAACAUUAACAAUAUUUAAUUAAUAAUUAUAAUUUUCAUAAUUAUUAUUGCUGUACUCUCUAGUAUUUCGAAAAUUAAUAAAGGAUUUUAAUUUAUUUUUUCC